GACAAUUUAAACUUUUUUUCUCUCUUUUCUUAUUACAACUUCUACUUCAUCACUACUCCGACCAAUUUCGCGAAAAUGUCUGGAAAAUUUGGUGAGGAGUCUCUGAAGAGGAAACGAUCGAAAGCCCCAGUAGAAUCCAAGAAACGAUCUAAGGCAGAGGAUAAUGGCAGUGAAGAUGAUUCCGACCCCCAGGCCGAGAUUCUCCUACUCGAAAAUGCAAUUCUAGAGUCGAAGAAGAAUUACAAUAACAUAACAUCACUACUUGAACUCGCACAAAAUGAUGGCGACAACGAAGGCGAUGACGAAUCCAUCCAGCUUGCAAUGGUUUCAUUGUGUCGAGUAUUUCUGCGCCUACUUGCAUCGGGAAAUAUGUCUAGACGGGAUGGACAAUCGGAUAAGGACAUCGUAGUCAUUCAAUGGCUCAAGAAGAGACUUGGAGAUUAUAAAAAGAUUCUUCUCUCUAAUUUCGACCAAGAGGAAUCCGCAUCGACUGCUCUAACUUUAGCUAUGCGCAUCUUACAAGCCGAGGGCAAGUACACGAAUGACAAGGACGAAUCCAACUUUCCCAAGGCUUUCUUAAGAGAAAUAGUAGGUGCACUUGUUCGGGACGGCUCUGAGGAUAUUAGACAAGAAUUUUGUGAGAAGUUCUUGGCUGAAUAUGCGGAUAUACGGUUCUAUACUUUUAAAACGCUGAAAGAUAUCCUGUCCGUUGACUCUUCUGAAUCGUCCGACGAGGACUUGUUUGAUAAUGCAUUUGACUUGCUCUCCUUCUUCGAAGAUAUCCCGGAUUCUGCAGAAGAUAUGAGCCAGUUCUACGUUGACGCGCCUAAGAAAAAGUCUGAUCCCGUCAAGUCCCUUAAUCAACAUAAGAGGCAAGCCCAAGAGGCAUGGCUAGCAUUGUUCGCUCUAGACCCUAAUCGGGAGCAAAGGAAGAACGUGCUUCAGAUCAUAACCAAAUCUAUAGCCCCAUGGUUUACCAAACCCGAGCUUUUGAUGGACUUCUUGACAGACUCGUAUAACUCAGGAGGCGCAACUUCACUCUUGGCACUUUCGGGAGUAUUCUAUCUGAUACAAGAACGAAAUCUAGAUUAUCCGUUGUUCUAUCGGAAAUUAUACUCGCUGCUGGAUGCAAACAUCCUUCACUCAAAGCAUCGGUCAAGGUUUUUCCGAUUGUUGGACACGUUCCUGUCUUCUACGCAUCUUCCCGCCGUCCUUGUCGCAAGUUUUAUCAAACGGAUCACUAGGUUGUGCCUCAAUGCGCCCCCUGCCGCCAUCGUCGUAGUCAUACCCUGGAUUUAUAAUCUAUUCAAGAAGCAUCCGCUUUGCACGUUCAUGAUGCAUCGCGUACCAAGGACUCCGGAAGAGAAAGAGAUCUUGGAAAAUGAAGGGAUGGCAGAUCCGUUCAUCGCCGACGAAGAAGACCCAAUGGAGACGCGCGCCAUUGAUAGCUGCCUGUGGGAAGUGGUUCAACUACAGUCGCACUAUCACCCGAACGUUGCGACCAUCGCGAAAAUAAUAUCGGAGCAGUUCACUAAGCAGUCAUACAAUAUUGAGGAUUUCUUAGACCACUCGUACAGUAGCUUACUCGAUGCGGAACUUUCCAAGCAAGUAAAAAAGGCUCCUGUUGUGGAGUUCAUGAUACCAAAGAGAGUAUUCCUCCCACAGGAUCCAGCCUCGGGGACGGAGGACAGCCUUCUAGCCAAGCUCUGGGACUUCCAGUGAUCGCCGGUCAGACGUUUCGUAUAGCCUAGAGCUAUGGGGACCACGUCAGGAUAACCAUCAGGAUAGCUUGAGAUUCUUGGCAGAAGGCUUCAUAAUCAA